AUGUACCAGUUUCAGCCCAUUCUCGACCUGUUUCAACAAUGCGAGGGCCCACCCCUGAUGCAGCAGCUGCGAAUCGAUCAACAAUGCUUCUCAACUGGCACUGCCCCUUUGCAACGCUCAGCUGUGACAUCACUAUCCACCUCACGAGUUCCUAGCACUGCAUUUGUGGACAAACUAGCAAACCUCAAUAUGAUCAUUGUGCAACUUGCUGAUAAAUUCGAUCGCUUGGCACUGCAGAGUAGAGACUCAGUUGAAUUCAAGCCACAAAUUGAAGAACUCACCCAGGAGAACCAUACACUACGAGCAACUGUCGAAGAUCACCAUGCUGCGAUACAUGAGCUUCAAACAACCAUUGAUGCACAGAGCACAUCCCUGGAGGAACUACUCAUGUUGACAGACAAACUUAGGUCUUCAGGAAAUGCACUGCCGACAGUCAAGUCUGUCAACAAAGCAACCAAAGCGAUGUGUGACAAUGUGUUUAAUAAUGCGAUCCAGCACACAUUCUUACAUGCAAUGGGUAUUUCUGAUUCCAAACAAGCGAUGUCAUUGGGUGUCCUUGAUGAUGAGAAUGCAGAUUGGCAUGAGGAUAUGGUCCGCUAUGUCCGACAAAAAGCCUGUGAAGUCUUUACUCAGCUUCCUGUCGAGCAUCUCAAGCAAAAAACCGACACCGACAUCAUCAAGCAACUGAAGGAGGUGUUUGAGAACACCAGGGGAUCCAUCAAGAAAGGGAGCAAGGGGCAAGACAGUGCAGGAGAAAACAUCAAGAGAUCAGCAAUUGACAUCCGAAAAGAGACAGAAAUGCAUAGACCCAAGUGGGACUGGUUCUUCCAAGUUGGCUAUCAAUUGACUGACGAAUCUGAUGGUGGUGGGACUCACAGCAGUAAACCUAUGGUCGAAUUUGCAUCAGACAGUGAGGCGGGUCAAGGACCAGCAAUAAAGAAAUCCUUCAAGUCAAAGAAUGCGGACACAGUGUGGACUUCUCAACCUCCACUUUAUCGAGAUGAACAGGUUAAUGAGAAGGUUGUCCUGCUAAACGAUGCUGUCAAUCUUCCGAAGCUAGCAAACAAGAAACACAAGAUCCCAUGGCAAUUCAUUGAUGCUAACUGGCUUGAUGAGAAUCUGAAAAUGGACUGCAAUCUUGCGACCCUGAGAGUUGUGGAGAUGAAGAUACAUUUUAUGAUGGGGGAGACAAAGAAGAUGAGGAAGAACAGGGUUACCCACCUGAAGGGACAAAUGAAAUGCACGAAAAUUAAGUGCCAGUGUUCGAGUCUGCUUCGCAUGGGAGAAUGGUAUGGACUUGAAAUCCUACCAUGUAAUUCUAUUCCUGCUGCUGUACUAUUCAACAUCAUCGAGCUCGAGAUUGAUGUCCAUGUCCACUUCUGUCCCAUCCUGAGAUGUUCUCGUAUAGCCAAGUGCCCAAUUGUGCAGGCUUACUACACCAGUGUAUAG